UUGGUGCGAACCGCGUGCGGCUCCGUCAGAUCGCGACGGACCCGUCGUCGCGGUCGUCGGGGUCGUCGGGAGCGGCAUGCCGGGUGAUUUCGCGUUCUUCGCCGGGAAUACGCCGGGAAUGCGUCACGAGAGACCCACGGGAACGAGCGCGAGGAAGAAAGAGGGAAUGAGAAAGAGAGACGGGACGCGCUGGAUCAAUCUCGGUCACAGUCUCCGUUUUGUUAUCGCUGAAAUUCGUUCGGCUGGCCGUUCACGCGGCCGCACAGCUGUGAUAAAUGUCCAUUUGAAGUUCACCGGGGGGAUUCUCGGCACCGUUUGGCGACCGUUUCGCGUGUGCGCGCGCGCGAACAUCCGCGGGUCCCGCUGCCGAUCAGCCCGGUCGCGGUAGAUACGACGAGCGCGGAGGGACGACGUCAGGGAGGUCGCGGGGCCCCGGCGGCCUGGUCGCCGUCGAGCUUUCCCCGACACGGCGACGCAUUCCGAUCUCCUGAGUGUCGCGGCCGCGUCUCGGAUUUAAUCGCCGCGGAUAUGUUACACCGUCGAGUGAAUGCUUGUAUUUACAUAACGCGCGUAAUACACGCGUGACGCGAUGUUAGAAUGCGGCGCGAUGCAACGUGAUCGAGAGAUCCCCGAGAAAACAUCUCUGCCGAUGGCAAUUCGUUUAAAAUAGUGCCUACUCACAAUUGCUCCUCUGUGUCCUUUAUGACAUAUCUGGAUAGUUACAGACCGUUGGAUCAGUUGAUUAGAAAUAAGCUUUCCAUUAGAGUAUACAUCAUUAAAAGAUAGUUACAGAUCAUGGUUUGCAAAGCUGGUGAAAAAACUCAAGUAUGUGUCGUUCAGUUUAAUGUGCCCUUUGAGGCCAAUCACAAACUUUGUACUAGCAACAAAUUUCCAUUAUAUGCAUCUACAUGUGUAAAGGAACUUUAUAACUAUAUUGAAGAACAUUAUCAUAUGCAACCGGACAGCUUUAGGUUGCUUUUAUGUACAUCAUCACGCACAACGAUUGAUUUGUCUGAGUUGAAAGACAAAACAAUGGAACAGAUUGGAGUGGAUUUCUCGGUUGAUUCAAGUUUAUCUGAGAUGAAAAAUACUCUAUUUGUUGUUGAUCCAACACAGCCCCCUAUUAUUGACUUAACACCACCGAAAAAUAUGGAUUAUAGUCUGCCAACAUAUAAUCUCACAGGUGCAUCAUCUCUUCAGCCACACGUAGUAUGGACUGAGGAGAAUAUUGUUAGAGAAGAUGUUAGAGAAGAUGUUAGGGAUGGUAGAGAAGAAGUUAAUUUCAGAAGUUUUAUUAAAACUGAGACAAGUUAUGUUGGUUUAGUCAAUCAAGCAAUGACUUGUUACUUGAAUAGUCUUCUUCAAGCACUGUAUAUGACACCAGAAUUUCGUAAUGCGCUAUAUAAUUGGGAAUAUGUAGAUGGUUCAGAAAAGGAUGAAGCUCUAAGCAUACCAUAUCAACUGCAGAAAUUGUUUCUCAACUUGCAGACAUCUACAAGAUCAGCAGUGGAAACAACAUCUUUAACUAAAAGUUUUGGAUGGGAUUCUACUGAAGCAUGGCAGCAACACGACAUUCAAGAACUUUGUAGAGUUAUGUUCGAUGCAUUGGAACAGAAAUUCAAAAAUACAGAACAAGCGGAUCUAAUUAAUAGACUUUAUGAAGGAAAGAUGAUCGAUUACGUUAAAUGCCUUGAGUGUGGAACAGAGAAAUCAAGAGAAGAUACAUUUCUUGAUAUCCCGUUACCAGUUAGACCGUUUGGAAGCAAUGUUGCAUAUAAUAGCGUGGAGGAAGCGAUCAGAGCGUUUGUCCAAUACGAAACAUUAGAAGGAACUAAUCAAUAUCAUUGUGAAAAAUGCGAUAAAAAAUGCGAUGCACAUAAAGGAUUGAAGUUUACGAAGUUUCCGUAUUUGUUAACUUUGCAUCUCAAGCGGUUUGACUUCGAUUACAAAACCUUCCAUAGAAUCAAGCUCAAUGAUAAAGUCACGUUUCCAGAUAUAUUAAAUUUGAACUCCUUCAUUUCGUCCACAACGAGUCAAGAAUCUCCAGGUGGUGAAGAGGAUAUUGGCUUAGGUAUCAAAUACGAUGAUAGUUCCACGACAGAUAGUGGUACUUUAGACGACGAUUGUGUACCAUGUGACAAUAGCCUUUCAAAUAGUAAUCAUUCGGUCAGUCAUGAUCAGGAUGAUGAUGAAGGUAUUGAUAUGAGCAAUGGCCCGUCAACGUCGAAUUGUAUUACGCACAAUCAUGAAAAUGAAAAAAAUCGUAGUACUUACAUGCUGGGAAAAGGCCCAUACAUGUAUGAAUUAUUUUCAAUCAUGAUUCACAGCGGUAGUGCGAGCGGAGGUCAUUAUUAUGCUUAUAUAAAGGAUUUCAGGACACAAGAAUGGUUGUGCUUUAAUGAUCAAAGCGUAACUCAGAUUACUCAUGAUGAUAUUCAAAAAACGUAUGGCGGUGGACCUUCAAGGGCAUAUUAUAGCGGUGCAUAUAGCAGUAGUACGAAUGCAUAUAUGCUCAUGUAUAGGCAAAUCGAUCGUACCCGUAAUACUCUACCUAUGCAAACUGAAGAUUUUCCACGACAUAUUCAGGAGCUAUUAAAAAAAAUGAAGGAAAGUGAAGAUAAUGAUAGAAAAAAUCGUGAGAAACAAAUGUCUAUACCCAGAUUAAAGGUAUACUGUCAUCAUCCCAUAGAAGGAAAAUUGAUGAAUGUUAAAUUAUAUGUUAUGCCUGAUAUUACUUGGGCCGAAGCAACAGAGAAAGCAUAUAAGAAAUUUGGUCUUGAAAAUGUAGUGAAUCUGGAUCAGUGUCGUUUAGUUAGUUAUGAACAUAAUACCGAUUUAAUAGAGUGUAGUUAUGAUGAUCGAGAGCAUGAACCUGUUGGAAAUAUAUGGCGAUUUUCACGUCGAUUUGAUUGGUUGUUAGAAAUUCGUCGUAAAGAUCAAAAGUUUGAGACAUAUUUACCAGGUGGAGUUGCAACUAAGGUAUUUGUCAUAGAUGUAACUCGAGAGGAGGUAAUUGAUGGUCCCAUCGAUAUUCGAGGUUUAUUGUCGCAAAGUGUUAAAGAAUAUAAACAAACCGUAGGAAAAAUUAUUAAUAUGGAUCCUAAGCAAAUGAAAGUAAUAUUGCGAAAAUAUCCGGAAACUAGACCAGUCGAAAAUGAUGAUAGUGAUCUUCAAACUGAAGGAUUUUAUAAUGCAAAUAAAGUAUUUAUAUCAACGAUGUACGAUAUAGAUAAUAACAAAUCUUUUCAAGAAUCAACAGUACAUAGAAUCAUUGAGAAUUUUAGACAUGUUAUCUCUUUAAACGUCCAAUUACCAGACACCAGUAAAGAAACAUUGGAAGAAUUAAAUAUCCCAUUGUUGGAUGAUAAAUAUGAAGAGAAGGAGAAAUCUGUUGCCAGUGGUCCGUCUAAACUUGACAUCGAAAUUAUUGGAAAGUUACAUUGGGAUGCCAAUUUAAAAUACAAUGAAACCUCGAAAAGUUGUACACGAAGUAAUGAAGAUACCACUAUACGAAAUAUAAGCCCUCAAUUAGGAGAAGCUGAAGAAUGGAAUACUCCUGAACAAAGCAAUAGUGAAGAUAGUAGCCUUAGCGAUAGUGAUAAAACGUUGGUCGGUGAUGCACCAGAGGGUGUUGAUAUUGAACCACAAUCGUGGCAUAGGCGUAACUAUAGGGACUAUAAGAUUUCAAAGCAAUUUGAAAUAGAAAAUUGGGAUAUCGAUGACGACUCCGAUUAUUAUUUUAGAGCUACGCCAUAUGCAGAUAGUACUCAACAAAAAUGUAUGUUUAAUUCAGUUUUGAAGAAAGAUUUAGAACCAUUCGUAGGUGUACCUGUGGAAUAUUUUAAAGUUUUCCGUCUAUCAAAUUCUGGUGAAACGGAAUGUAGCUGUUUGACAGACCAACUUAAUUCGUAUGAGGAUGGUGAGAGACUUAAUGUGAAACUCGGAAGAGCUUUGCGUAAUGGAGAAUUUAAAGUAAAAUUAUAUCAAUUAUUGAUUGAUUCCACUGAGCCUUACAAAUUUUUAUGCGAAUGGAUUGUCUCGAAAGAUAUGACAGUCGGACAUGCAAAGAAAGAAAUAUUGGCAGAGAUAAAAAGAAAAUAUGAUAUAGAUAUACCAUAUGAAAAAUGCCGACUUAGGAAAAAGUAUUAUAAAACAGCCUCAAAAGUAUUCCUAAAUGAACAGAAGUUUGAAGAUCUUCGAUUUCAUUCGCAAUUUGAAAUGAUUGUUCAAGAACUACCAGAUAAAGAGACAGUCACAGAUACUACUCAAAUUGUCUUGUUUGUCAGAAGGUGGUUGCCAGCAAAAUUACAAUUGGGGCAAUUUCAAGAAAUUAUUAUGGAUAAUAGAACUGUUGAAGAACUAAAAAAGAAACUUUCCUCAAUAUCAGAUAUUCCGGAAGAACAUAUAGAUAUAGCAAAGGGAAAAGGUAGUUUUCCAUGUGACAAUUCGGUGCUUCGAAUCCAAAACGAGCAUGAUUGGAAUGAACAUCAUGAUAGUUUAUCUUUCAAUUUUGAAGAUGGUGCUGUCUUCUUAUAUAGGUAUGUAUGGUAUAAUAGGGAAAAGCCAAAACAAUUGAACGCUGACGAGGUAAUGGAGAUCGCUGUUAAGGAAAAUUCACGGUUAACGCCGCUUUCUACUACUUCGAGUUACAGUCCACGUCGAGAGAGAGCACUUAAAAUAUAUUUGGAUACUGAAUGAUCGUCUAUAGAGAGAAAGCACCAAUCUCCUAAGAAUGAGUUGCUAAAUAGACAGAUAUGGGAACACAAAACAUUUUCACAUAAAACGGUUGCAUGUUGGGUAUUUGCGAAAUCGAAUUUUCUUCAAAUGCCAAAUGUUUUGUGUUCCAGUGAGUCUUCAGCAUUUCAAAGCUUCCGCGUUCCUAAGAGUUUUUGGCUUUUUCUUCAAACUAUAGGAUUUUUCAAAGUGUUUGAAUUCAUGAAUUGUUAUAUAGCCACACAUAAUUCGGAAUCUCGGUACUUACAUCUGGUUUCGAGAUUUUUAGAAUUUAUAUAAAGUGUAAAAUAUGUCCGAUAUCACCUGGUCUAUUAAAUCAGUUUUCCAUCUACAAAUCAAGCAGCAUGAUUACUUAAAUUAAAGAAAGAUUAAUAAUACGACUACGAACAAAUUUUCUAACACUAGUUUGAUGAAAAUCACGUGUGUUAAUGACUUCUCUAUACUUUGCAUGACGAUGUAACUUGUGUUCCUGUUUACUAUUUUCGCGAAUCUGUUCGAUUUUUUCUAUUACACAUAGAGAAAUCUUUAUAUAUCUCUAUAUAUCUGUUAAAUUACAUUUAUAAAAUAGGCAUAUUGUGCUCUUUGUUGGAACAAUUGUAUGUCUAGUGUAAGAAUAACACUGUACAAGAAUUUUUCUCGACAAUACUUUUGUCAUUUAUCUAAUGGCACAAUGAUUUUUCUUCUAUAUCAAGCUUUAUAAAUUUGCUACUUCAUGGAACUUUAAUAGGUUUUGCCAACCAUUUUUGAAUCUAAUAUGUAUUAUACAGCAUUUUAACUUGGCAGUUAUUGUGUGAUGGCGUGUGUCAAAUCAUUGAAUGUGAUAAAUUUUUUAAUAAUAUAUGUUAUUAUAUGUACGUUUUAUUAUUUUUUCAAUUAACCGAUAUUAAUAAUAUGCAUAUAAAUAACGAUAGGAAGAUUAUUUUCUAGAAAGAAAUCUAAAAAAAGAAAACGAAUUGAAUUUUUAUAUGUUCUCUCAUUCCUCGCUAUAUUAUUGCUAUAAAACUCAGGAGCUGCUCAACUUACAUUUGAUUAUUAUUUGUAUUUUACGAUAUAUACAUAUCAUUGCAUUAUCUUUGCAAUAAUAAUUCAUGAAAUACUGAAUAUAAUUUUUUGUAGGUUCAGAAGAUGCGUAUGGUAAUGUUUUAGCUUGAAAGUGUGAGAAACAUUCAUUGCUUUAGCUGCCAAUAUUUAUUCGCUUGAAAGCUGCUUUUUGUUGAUUUCCAUUUUCUCGCAAGGAUGAAAGAUUGAUGAACUAGACCAAGUGGUAACUUAAUAGUUCUAUUUGUUGCAUCUUUAUUUAUUUUGUUAUCCUCUAUUAAUGUUUUAUUUAUCAGUUGAAGCUUCGAACACCGUUUGAUUACCAUUUUUUAUAAUUGUUGAGCAAAGAAAAAAAAGAAUGUCGAUACUAUUUUUUAAUAUGAUAAAUAACAAUGAAGGCAGCGAGUUACUCGAUCCUUUCUGUGUGAAUAUGUUUAUUGUAAAAUCAUAAAAUACGUCUCUCUGGACAUGGAUAUACAGAUUGUAAUUUGAACUCUCUAAUCAUUGGCGAUCGAAGGUUAUUCUGUAUAAUACAUUAAAGUUAUGAAACAAAUUAUAUUUAUAAUUAUUAACAAUGAAA